CUGACGGGAGCUUUUCUGCUGGUCAAAACGAAAUCGAAAGCUUUUGCGUGUUGUCAUAAUUGUGGGUGCGCAUUUGUUUGUUGCAAAAGCUCGCGAAAUUCCACAAUUGAUUUGCGAUGUGCCCGUGGAAAUGAGACACAAUUGACCCACUGAACUUGUCCGCUGUCCUUGUGCUGCACUGCAUCCGCCGCCCAGCGAUUCACCAGGGAAAUCACGCGUGGAAACAGGAGUGAAAUCGCCAGAGAAAUCGGCACAAUGUCAACGGAAAGCAAUACACCCGUGGAUCCAAGGGUUCAGGUCGAGCUGGAGAAACUGAACUCGGCCACGGAUAAUAUCAACCGAUUCGAGGUGGAGCUCGAUGAGGCCAAGUGCGAGUUCAAGCGUUUGCUGGCCGAAAGUGUGGUGCGGAUUAAGGCGGCCGCCCACAAGCUGGGCAACUCCAUCGAUGCUGCGAAGCCGUAUUAUGAAUCUAGGAUCUAUGCCGCCCAGUUGGCCAAGGAAACCCAAAUGGCAGCUGCCAACCACGAGAAGGCCAAGUCCAUUCACGCCGCCGCCAAGGAGAUGGUCUACCUGGCGGAGCAGGGACUGGGCGAGAAGUCCACAUUGGACACCGCGUGCCAGGAGAUGCUCAGCCACGCCGCCAGCAAGGUCAACCAGUCCCAGCUGGAGGUCACCGACACCCGCAACGCCCUCAAAAUGUGCCAGCUGAAGCUCGAGGUGGCCAACAACCGGGUCGGCAAGCUGCAGGGCCAGCUCAAGCAGGCCUUGAGGGCCUCCAGAUUGCAGCUCAAGCGCAAUUUACUUUUGUUGAGAUAUUUUAGCAUUAUGCACGCUUUGUAUUGUACCCUCUGUUCGCCGUACUAUGAGACCCGGGCGAACUACAACGGACUGCUGAAGGCCCAGAAGACGCGGGUCAACGAACUGGAGUCCAAGGUGAGCGCCGCCAAGCUGACCUACAACGAGGCGCUGAAGAAUCUGGAGCAGAUAUCCGAGGACAUCCAUCGGCAGCGGCAGCAGCGCAACAAUCUGCUCAACUACGAGGCCAUGUUGCGCCAGGUGGACGUUGCCGGUCUGGAGAGGAGCGCCCAGGAGGAGACACCACCCGACCAGGAGCAGCAGGAAGCUGUCGAGGAGGAGGAGGAGGAGGAGUACCUGCGCAUGCCGGAGCGACUGGAGUGUCCACAUCUCUUAACGGAUUUCGAGGCUGUUCUGACGUUUCCCCAAAAGUUGGCAGGUGGCAUGCACAAAUCGGCGAGCACCAGUGCCGCGGAUGGCGAUGCCAACUUGGGACCGCUGGGCCUCCAUGCUCCCUACGAACUGAAAUCGGGCAGUGGUUCCUUGGCCUCCGGUUCCGCCUCCGCCUCCGUUUCCACUUCGGCCGGGGGAGCUCCUCAGGCGGCGGACAACGACAUCGAACAGUGGACGGAGAUCCGGUUGUCGCACUCGGACAGCACCAGUUCCAGCUACUCGAACCAAUCGCUGCUGGAGCAGCAGGGCCUGGAGUGCUCCGGCGGUCUGGCUGGCUCACUGGGAUUGGGUCUCGGCAGGAGCCAUCUGGAUGCGGACGCCCAGUCGCAGCACUCCACCUCGUCGUCGGAUGAGCCCAAGCGCAAGGUGACCUGCACGACGAUAUUCCAGGACGACAGCAGCAGUGGCGGGGCGUCGAGCGGAGGAGCUGGUGGCCAGCAGAUGAGCCGCAAGCAGAGCCUCAGCCAGUGGCUGUCCCGAUCGAACAGCUUCAAGGGAAGCGGGCGAAGGCAGAGCUUGGACCUGCUCAUCGAUGCCGGCGACAAGGUGAAGGACGUGUUCAACUACGGAUUCCAGAAGGUCGGACGCAGCCUGGAGCGACGCAACAGCGAAUCGGAGAUGGCCAGCGAGUGUGGGGCGGAGGGGGAGGCUCUCCUGGGUGGCGCAACCACAACGGACUCCUCGUUGGCGGUGGCAAGUGGAACUGGCGGCGGCGGCGGUGGCGGUGGCAGUGGUUCGAGCAGCGGACCCGGUGACUUUUUCCUCUUCAGCAGAUCUUCAGAGCCAAAAGAGUUACUGUCCGAUGAGCAGGUUGAGAAUUUACUAUUAAAUCACACGGUGGACGAGAAUGGUGCCAUUAUUGUGGAAGAACUCAAAUCGCCAACAACAACAACAAGCAUGUAUCACACACACCACCAACAACAACAACAACAACAGCAGCAGCAGCAACAACAACAACAACAAAAGCAACACCAUCAGGCGCUCAAUGUCGUUGGAGCAUUGCUGUUUUGAAAGGACAGCAAAAUACCCUACACUUAGAAAAAAAAUGAACACCAACACCGCCCUCACUCACACCCACACACACACACAAACACAUAUAUGCAGUGAUGGGAAAAGUACUUAUUUAUAUUUAAUUUGUAUUCAAAUACUUAAAUCUCUAGAUGUUUUGAGGCCGCCAACUGUUUUUCAAUUGGUUUAAAAACUCUAGAGACAUCAUUUGAAGCAAGAAAUGCAAGAGGCACUUAAUACAUUGGCAGCUCCCAUCACUGCAAAUAUAUAUAUGAAUAUGAAUUAUGGCAAAAUUUUACUCUAUGAGUAUUUGGGCAACGACCUUAAACCCUAAAUCCAAUUAGUCAAAAGCGUAGCGUACAUAUCAUUCAAGACAUCAAUCCAGACGGAUCAGACCGCAGGAAUCUUUUAAAUCCACACGAUUGUGGCAAACUAUGUUCUAAUCCUACAAACAAUGUGCAAUAAUUUAGUUUGUUUAGAGGCAUAUAAAUAAGAAAGUUACAUUUUAUGCUGUUUACAAAAAGCAAAUAACUAAAUGCUAGUCAACAAACGAAAUCAGUUUAAUAGUUUUAGUGUGUAUGAGCUAAACAUUCAGCAGAAACCCACAAAAUACAUAAGAUUGUACAAAUAAUGGUAUAUGUGGCGUUCGCAGAAGGAGAAUCUGGGGUGAAAUUCGAAAUCGACAAAUUAACCAGACUUUAUAAACAAUUUGACAAAUGAAAGGCCAUUAAAAUGUCAGAAAACCCUCUAUUCGCCUUCUGGCUACGCCACUGAAUGUUAAAUAAUUGCAUAUAAAAAUACCUGCAUACAAAUUACAUGAAGUGUAUUAUACAAAA